UUCUCUGUUGGAUUCAGUAAGCUGCAGAAACACCAACUAAGAAGAACAAUGAGGAAAGCAACAGUUUUAGUGUUUUUGCUGCUUAACAUGGCCACACAAGUGAGUGGUGGAGGAGAUAAGAAAAUAGGAUUGGUGGCAGAAAAGUCUAGACCAGGAAGAAGAGAAAACUCAAGAGAGGCAAAAGAAAGUGACUCCAUUCCUGCAGGUGACAGUGUUUCAUCUGUUUUCUUAGGUAAACUGCUGGUGGUGCCGAUGGAUGGGAGUCGUUGGGUGGGCAUUAAAGCCAUUGCCCAGGAAAUGGGUCGACGUGGACACAGGGUUACUGUGGUGAUGCCGGAGGUCAGCUUACAGAUGGGCCCAGGGGAUAACUACAGCACUUUGUUUUAUCCAGUUCCAUAUGACAAGGCUUUUAUUGACUCUUUGACCUCCAUGCAUAUGGACAUGAUGCAAAAAUCUUCACAGUCAUUCAUUCAGAAGAUAAAAAAGAGGAUCUCCCAGGUUCAAAACAUGACCAGCUUUAUGCAUAUCACUGCAGAGAGCCUGCUGUUCAAUGACAGCCUCAUCUCACAUCUGGCAAUGCAGGGUUUUCAUGCAGUUUUGACGGAUCCCAUUGCUCCAACAGGUUCAUUAAUAGCUCGGAAAUUUGGUAUUCCCACUAUUAAUCUGCUGAGGGGCAUUCCUUGUUCUCUAGACAUGAAGGCUGCAGGCUGUCCCUCUCCGGCCUCGUACGUGCCUCAGUUUUUUAGUGGAUACACAGACAGAAUGAGCUUCAAGGAAAGCGUGAUCAACACCUUGGUGAGUUUAGUGGAGCCACUUUUCUGUCGACUGCUGUACUGGAAGUUUGAUAAUAUAGCCUAUCAAUUUCUGGAAGAAGAGGUGGGCGUAGCUGAGGUGCUGUCAGAAUCUGAUAUCUGGCUGCAGAGGAUUGACUUCACACUGGAGUUCCCCCGUCCCCUCAUGCCAAAUAUAAUUCUAGUUGGUGGAAUCAACUGCAACAUGAGAAAUCCUCUUUCCCAAAAUUUAGAGUCGUGGGUUUCAGGAAAGCACGGCUUUGUAGUCUUCACUCUGGGCUCCAUGGUGUCAGAUAUGCCCGAAGACAUCACCUCCAUCUUUAUAGAAGCUUUCAGACAGAUUCCACAGAAGGUCAUAUGGAGGUACACUGGGAAGGUUCCUGGGAACAUCUCAGAUAAUGUGAAGAUAAUGAAAUGGGUGCCACAAAAUGACCUACUAGCCCAUCCUGGAGCACGAGCUUUCAUCACUCAUGCUGGCUCGCAUGGUGUGUUUGAGGGUUUGUGUCAUGCUGUCCCCAUGGUGAUGGUGCCAGUUAAUGGGGACCAGAUUGAUAAUGCAGAGAAAAUAGCGAGCAGAGGAGCAGGAAUCGUAUUGGAUAUAACUUCUGUCACCACAGAAAUAAUAAUUCAAGGACUGAAUGAAGUCAUCAAUGACACCAGGUACAAGGAAAACAUGGAGAAGUUGUCAUCUCUUCAUAAAGACCGGCCGAUUGAACCACUCGACCUUUCAGUGUACUGGACAGAAUUUGUGAUGCGACACAAAGGGGCAAAGCACCUGAAAGCUGCUGUCCAUGAUCUCAACUGGUUCCAGUACUUCUGCCUGGAUGUUUUGGCACUAAUGGCUGCUGUGGUGCUGGUUUUUGUAAUACUGCUGACAAAAUGCAUGAAAGUAUGCUUCCAGAAACUUGGUAGGAAGAGGAAACAGGACUAAGAUGAUGAUAUAAAUAAGUUUGUAUCUUCACCUCAAUGUAAAGGAACAUUUUUUAGAAACAUAUCAUUUUGUGUAAGAAACAUUAAGCUAUGGUACUAGUCAAAAGUUUGGUCACCCAUUCAAAUUUAAGAGGUACACUGGAUAACCUAAGAUUGGGGUUAGUCAAAUAUAUUUAGCAGAUAUAACUCCAUUAGUUUCAGUUAAAUAUAUGCAUUUAUGUCUAAUUAACAAACACAAUUUUUUAAGGCAAGAAAUUUGCAACU